GAUGGCAGCAAUAUCGUUACUGUUUAUAAACAAGAUCACAUGCCGGCCGACCUUGGAAUGUAGCUUUGUUUCUUCAUAUGAUGUUGUAAAAAGCAUUAACGCUAUCUCUAGGUGCAACUUGACGAUUGAAUACAAUUUAAGUUCGUUGUAUUUAUGUUAAGUAAAAAUUAAUCGUCAGCUAAUGAAAUUUUUGUAACAUUGCAACUCUACUACUACCAAUAUGGCUGUCACUAUUUCAAAUGUAGCCAGAUUUGUGGGUGCUAGUUUAAAGAACACGCUCUUCUGCUCACAAAGAAUAUGUGUUCGUGGUGUUCAGAGUUCAGUGGGAAUUAAAGAAGAUUCGUAUCUUGAUCCGGUGCAAGUUAAACUCUUAGAUGAAAUGUGCAUUGCUGUUGAUGAAAAUGAUAAUGUUGUUGGUCCACGUACAAAAAAGGAUUGUCAUUUAAUGGAAAACAUUAAAAAAGGAUUGCUGCAUAGAGCUUUCAGUGUUUUCCUUUUCAACAGUAAAAAGGAGCUUCUCUUACAACAAAGAUCUGAUACGAAAAUCACUUUUCCUGGUUACUUUACUAAUACAUGCUGCAGUCAUCCUCUUUAUAUUGCCUCUGAUCUUGAGGAGAUCAAAGCUUUGGGAGUUAAAAGAGCUGCUCAAAGAAGGUUACACAUUGAAUUAGGAGUUGAACCAGAUAGUAUUGCGGCAAAUGAAUUUUUGUACAUGACAAGGAUCCUUUACACUGCUCCAUUCGAUAAUCGAUGGGGUGAGCGAGAAAUAGAUUAUGUACUUCUUGUUCAGAAAGAUGUUGAACUAAAUCCAAACCCAAAUGAAGUUAAAGAUUGUGUUUACGUUUCUCGUGAUAAAUUGAAGAGCUUCUUAGAUGAUGUACAGAAAAAAGGGUUAAAAGUAACACCUUGGUUUAAGCUGAUUGCAGAGAACUUUUUGCUAAAAUACUGGGAUAAUUUAGAUAACCUGAAACCCCUUCGUGAUCAUAAAACUAUUCACUCCUUGCAAUAAAAAGAUUGAAAACUUUAUGUAAUCAUCUACCAUGUUUAUCCUGUCAUUCGGCAAACAAGUGAUGUUUUUUGCUGAAAGCCUGAUGUUAUGUCCUGGUGCCUGUUAUUGCUCAAAUCACUUUGUAUGUCAUUAACAUGUUUUGCUUACUAAUAUUUGUUGAAAUUUUGUACUGUGUAUAUUUCCUUGUUGUUACUCAAAGGUUUUAGGUUUUGUAUAUUUUGAAUUUCGUGUGUAGAUAUUAUAAAUGUCAAAUAAAUGUUCACUUAGUUAUA